AUGGCCAAAGCGGACCCCCUGGAAACCUCAAAGCGCAUCGAGCGGGCGCUCUUCGACUUCGAGGAGCUCAAGCUGCGCCUGGCCUCGGCGCAUGCGGGGGCCGCUGAGAGAUCCCGGCCGCCGGCAGAGGUGGAGCCAGCACCGGCUCUGCCCGAUGUCUUGGAGCCGCUCCGACGCCGCGUGACGGAGCUCGAGUCGGCGCUGCAGGCUGCGACGCUGAGGCGGGCGGAGCUGCAACGCUGCGCCCCCGCUGCGGACGCCGAGGGUGGGCUGUCAACUUCGUCGCCCUCACCCCCGGCUGCAAGCAAAGGCGGUGAGGAUGGGGAGCUUCGCACCCACGAAGCCAUCAUCAGCUACCUCAUGGAGAAGCUGGAGGAGACGUUGACAGAUCGCCGGCGCUACUUCGAUCGCUAUACGACACUCCGUGAGUUGAUCCUCACCCGCUCCACCCUGCCGCAUGUGGCAGAGUCUUCAACACGAGCUGCUGGGGAGGCCCUCUCGGAAAUGGAGAGCAGGUGGAUUCUCAGCGAUCAGGCAUUGUUGGAGGCCCGGCUGCUGCGUGCUCGAGGCCGCCACCGUAGAAUCUUCGAGGCGGUGCGACGAAAGGAGUACCAGGUCGACGAGGCGCUGCGCCGUGCAGAGGCAAGACGCCCGGUGGAUGCCGCGCAGCCUGGCGAGCUUUUGCAGCGACUGGGCGCGCUGCCACAGCCCGCUGCGUGGCGCUGGGGAGAAAAGGGGAGCGAGUUUCCUUGGAGCGCGCUCCGACUCUCCAGGUGGCCAUUCCAAGUUUCUCAAGUUGUAGCAGUUUUUGCCGGGACCUGA